GGCAGAAAGGGAACCCCGUCUACCUCCGUAUUAAAAUAAAUCAUUUAAUUAAAAAUUAAAAGGGGAAAAAAAUCCGCACAGCCGGAGCAUCGUCGCCAUCGCUGCCGCAGGCUGGCUGUCCGCCUGGCCAUGCCAAGGACACGGCGAUGUAUUACUACUCCAGUCGGCCCAAAAUGAGUGCCAGCGCAGCCGGGGCAGCGGGAGUGGGUGCUGGCGGGGCCAGGCGACUGCAGAAUGGCAGUCGCUGCGCGGUUGGAGGCGGCUGCGGAGAGCUGGUGAACGGCGACGGGAGGUUUAGCGCCGUAGUGGCCACUGCUACUACCACCACCCCUACGGAAUGCUGUGACACGGAGAGUUGCGUGGCGGAGGCCCAGACGAACAGCGACUGGGACAAAGCUUCUAUUGCUGCUGCCUCUCCCCCCUGCACCAAUGCGGAGCCGGGCUCCGGGAGGCAGAAAAAGAAUAACAGCAGCUCCCCGAGCUUCUUUGUGAACGGCAGCACGGACGGCAUUAUCACGCGCGAGCGAGCGGGUGCGUGUGGGCAGUACGGGGAUCCUGGUGGGCUCGGUGGUGGUUGCAGUGCGGUUGGCAGACAAAGCGAUGGACCAGGAGAAGAUAACGGCAUUAAUAUUGAUCACGAACCCGAAGGCUCAAGGUACGGGGGCGAGCGUCUGUGUUUUAUGGUCCCUGCGUCUUCGAGAAGCGAGCGCAGAGCGUGCAAACCGCAAGCCCCGGUCACCGGGAGGAGGAACUAUAACGUUAAAGGGCAGACUCAGACCAAGGGGGCUGCUGCUUCAAUGACUGCCGCCGCAAGGUGUGGCAAUCAAAACGCCGAAUCGGCGAACAGUAAGCGCCGGGGAUGCAGUUACACUCGCGCUUCCAAACGGGUGUGCUACGCAGGCACAGCCCGUGCGGGGGACUGCGGCAGCUUAGGAACGGGGAGUGAAACACAGCAGGAUUCCGGUGACACGCCGCGGAUUUUCCCCGAGAGUCACAGCAGCGGCGUGUCUGAAAAGAGCAACGGCAGGCAGUGGCUGGGAUCGGAACAAGCAACUGAAGAUGUCGGUGAAAAGUGUCAGAUUAGGCGCACGAGCGCAACUGGGUCUCACAAAUCCAAUUCCACAGUGUGUCCGCGUGUGGCGGGUGACGCUAGUAAUGUAAACAGCAACGACAUGAUGCCACCUUGCCAAACGUCAAAAGGACGUGUGAGACUGUACCGUGUGCGCUCAUUCCUGGCCAGCACCUCCGGAUACCACAACGGCCAUGGAGAGAAUGGACGCUACAACUUAAACGGGAGCAGCAGGCCCUCACCUCCCUCGCAAGACAAAGCCGUCCUACCCCGUAAGCACAGUUCCCCGGUGGCUGAUAUCAGCGAGCAGAGAGGGAACGGUGGCUCAAAUGGGAGAGGGAGCUCUUCCCCAGACGCAGCGGUCGCAGAAAUGCCAGGUGCGGACAGGUCAGAUGCUGCUGAGGCAGAAGACACUCAGGUGAAACUGGAAGCCCAGGUGGAGCGGGCGUCAGGUGAAGCGAGCCGGCGCCAGGUAGAACUCGAGGAGCGCUCGGAGCGCGUACUUCGCCGCUUGCAGGCCGUGCAGGUGAAGCAGGUGGAGAGGCACGUGAGCCAGCAGCUGCAGGGCCUGAGCCGGAGGCCGUCGCAGGGAUCCGGUGACCGGAAGCCUGCUGCUGUGCUGUCCCAUAGCUCCCGGAGGAGAGAGCUCAGUCGGCUGGCGCACAGCUGCAGCGAGGUGCUCUCGGCGGCAGGGGGCGCUCUGGACUCGGACCAUACGGCCAGUAGUUCCGGGGGAAGCAGCGAGAGUGAGGAAGACGAUGAUGAAGAUGAAGGAUCAGUGAUGAAAGGAUGGACACACACGCGCUCCGCCAAAGCAGUGCGGCGGGCAACAGAGCUGCAGUGGGCUCAGGAGCGGGCGAGACUGGGCAGUAGGUGGGUCUGGCUACAGGCCCAGGUGUCCGAGCUGGAGUACAGAAUCAGGGCGCUGACCGAGCUCUACACACAUCUCCGCCAGGGCAAGGUGCGCACUGGUCCUGAAACACCUCUCAGAGCCCCCAGACCUCCCCCACCACAAAACAGCGCCACCUGCAGGUCCUCCUCUGCCGGUGAGCCUCUCAGGAAGACCAAGGCGGAAGACGCUGUCCCCUCUCCCCAACCCCCGCUAGCCUCCGCUGCUCGUGUCUGUCCGUUGCCACGACUACGGCGGCACAAGCUCCUUCGCCUGGAGGCAUGUCCAGCCCUGGGUUCAAAGCCAGUGUCGUUGCCGUGUGUGUGCGAGCCUUCCGUGGUGUGUGUGCUGUGUGGCGGGGGACCGCCACGGCCUCCACCGGACCCACGGGAGUGUGUGGAACAGCGACGGUCUCGGUUGGACCUGUGUGUGCAUCCAGUUCUUACACUCCCUUCAGACAUUCCUUUAGUGGUUCAGUGUGGGACGUCCCCGCUGGUCGGCGGUUCCCAGAAUGCAUUGCGUCGGACGGGUGUGCCCGCCCAUGCUGCUGGUGUGGGUAGGCGGGGCCAGGGAACUCAGAGGGCGGGGCGUGUGAGGAGGAGACUAAUGUGUCCCCGCCCACCUAAUACACUCCCCCCACUCCAACACAGUACAGGUGGAACCUGUGGCAGAAAUUACAGAGGUGUGGUCAGUCCUGGACUGCUGAAUCAGCGAAUCACAGACCUCCCUCCCCUGUCAACCACUCCCCUAGUUCCAGGUACUUCCAAUCAGCCCUUGCGCAGGCGUCGAGGGGAGAGCUCUUUUGACAUCGAUAACCUGGUGAUGCCCGUCGGUCUGGCAGGACUUGGAGCGCGAGUGCAGAAACUCCAGUACAAGGAGAUCAUCACUCCCAGCUGGAGGGAACUGGAUGAUGAGAGGGAGGUGCCACAUCCUGCUCUACUGGACUCCACACUCUCACACCAGCAGGAAGAGCCUCAGGGAGAUGCAGAGUCAGAGGAGGUGGAGGACAUGUCUGAUGGAUCUUUCCUCAGUCGUCAUGCUGUUUGUGAGAACAGAGAACGGGGUCGCUGGCGCAACUGGGCACACAGACGUCGCCGCGGCAGGUCCUCUUCGUUCCACGGUGAGGGCAGGUGGAGCUCCAAGUUGCUGGAGGGGUCGCCGUCGUCUCCGGACCCCAGGCAGGGAUACCCUACUGAGGGGGAGAUCUCUCCAGCCAGCCCCUUCCCCUUCACAGACCCAGAGGAUGCCAGCCUCUUCCUGCCUGAAGAGGAACAGCAGGUGAUGUUGCCAUGGGAACGCCGGACGUUCCCGCUGUUGGAAGCGGAGCUUGCAGCGUUGCAGGAAGAGGAAGAGGAGGAGGAGCAUUGCGAAGGCGAAGGCAGCGGACGUAGCCAGAGCACCGAUUCAGGCAUCUCUCUGGGCAGCCUGGAACUUUCCCCGAGGACCCCUCAGCCAGCAGCACCUCCCCCGGCAACCAGCUCAACUCAGGACCCUCCGUGCCCCGCGCGCUCCCCGAUCCCCGCUGCCUUCCUCCCCCGACCCCCUCUCUCACCCCACACCCUACACCCUGCUUUCACAGUGAGACGCCAGUCUAGAUCAGACGCUCCCUGAAUGAGAACGCAGCCUAGCCCAGUCGAGGUCAGUCACUUCCUCAGUGAGAACCCAACCCAACCCACCCCAGUCUAGAUUAAUCGCUUCCUAAUCCAGAGCCAUGGCCAGGUGUCGCCUGGAAGUCGGAUCUAAACACCCUCAGCUCCUCACUACCAGUUCGACCCCCUACCUCACUUCUGUCCACACACACACACACACACACACACCAUAAAAAAUACACCAUACAAACACCAAUCCUCUUUCUCUCUCUCUCUCACAAACACACACACACACACACACACACACACACACACACACACACACUUAGUUGUUGCUUUCCCUUAAUGUAGGUUGUGUGUGAGGGCACAAGUAGGGCACGUUAGCUUGCUGGUCAUGUUGAAGUACACCUAUCCAUUUGGCCAGAGUGAGUAGCCAUGUGUUUCUGACCUCUUUCAGGCCAUCUCCUACAUCCUUGUCUUGGCACCACUUUAAGAGCCAGCCAGAUCGCACUUAGACAGCUGAGCUCACUGACCAUUUUAACCCAUGGAAGUCCAGCAUCUCCUAUCCGCAUGACUUGGAACGGAAAAAGAUGCUAUGACUUUUGUACAGGAGAAGCUCAGGGGUGCAUGUCAAAUAUGUGGUUUAGUGACAAACCACUGAGUUAACCCCAAAAGUAACAAACGUUAAUCCCAAAGACGUGGUAAACCUCCUAAUAGAAGACACCUGUGAUUAUAUUCUCUAACAAAAUAAAGUCAUAGGGCCCCUCUCUACCUUGGUCUCACUAAACUAGCUACAUGGAAUACACCCCUGGUUCUUCUUCCCAUCCAGCAGGUGGCACCCUCAUCUCUCAUCACCAUAACUCUGGCCAGAUUGGCUCCACUGUUAUGUGCCAUUUACUCCUUAACCGAACACUUUACUUAGCUAGACUAACCUAGAACUACAAACAUCCACACACACACACACACACACACACACACACACACACACACACACACACCCACAGCAAUACACACUGUCCACCCUUGCCUUACAUGAUGUAUACACAGCGACUUUGACCCUUGUCUUUAUAAUCAACACAGACCAUACCCAUGCAUAACCCUAACGUUGCCCAAGGACCCUUCCUCCCACCCUACACAGUGUCCAUUUAGUAGUGUCCUUAGUAGGAUACAUGAUUGCAUACAGCCUUAUGCCCUGGUCUCACAGACUAGAAGACUCACAAAAGAGCAGUUCAUAUGUACUCCCCUACACUGCACACUAAAUGCAAAAACUACAAUUGUAAAACACUAACGUCUCAUUCUACACUCUUAAUCUAUUGGAACCUCCUGAACCUCUUUGUCUAGACUACAUUACCCAUAACCCAUAAUCCACUGCACCCCAGCACCUUAAAUUUGUACACUACAAUACCCCCGAUACUCACGGAUCUCUGUAUGGCCUUUCUAUGGUUCACCCUCCUGAGAUAUUACACCAUUCUAUUUCUUGUGUCUUCUUCCUUCUUCUUCUUCCUUCUUCCUCUUCGUCUCUACCCCCCCCCCCCCCCCCCCCCCACCAUACACACACACUCUUCCCACCCCUCCACCCAUCAUCUUCUCAGUGUCUCAGUCAAUACUGACUGAUGUGUUGACUGAGUUAUUAUAUAAAUUACUUUUCCGUUAAUGAUUUGAUUUUCUUGUUUUGAUGUUUGUUUUUGUUUUGUUUUCAUUUGGGGCCUGUCCAAACAUGGAUUUGUUUUUGUUUGCCUUUGUUUACUUGUCUGUCUGUUUUUAUCUACUUGGGGCUGAAUGACUCCGACUAUUUGUGUGUCUCCACUGCGCCACACGCACACACUCCAUCGAGCAUCUUACUCUAGCUCCAGAAAAACUGGAUACGACGGCUAAUUUUGGAAAAGGAUCUUUACUGACAUCUGGCUCUCAUCCAUCCAGCAGGCGCCCAUGCCAGACCAGGGUCAGAGCUACUCCACACUGCUGUCAGCUGCCUGAUGACGCCAUCUCAUCAGAACAUCCAUACCUAGCACUCUUAUGAGCUGGCUGAUUUCAUGCAGGUGUGUGUGUGAGCGUGUGUGUGUGUGUGCGCGUGCGUCAACAGUUUGGACAGGUCCUUUGCACUGCUGACUGACCGAUGUUGUGUGUAUACAAAUGUCUCUUUUGUAAAAAAAAAAAAAAAACAGAAAACACAAAAGGAACAUGAAGACUUAAAAAAGCGCACAAUGCUGUCAAUGCAAAGACUCAAUAAAAGAGAAGUAAAGACAA